GGCGCGGUGGCUAGAGCGGUCGCGGUGGCUCUGUGGGACUCGGGCGGAGCGCUUCAGAAAACGUUUCCGGAUUUCUAGGCCCGUGGCGGACUGAGGCGUUGGAAGGGGCUUGACAGGAGGGGCUGGAGACCAGGUUCUGAAGUUUGCAGUGGAGAAACAUGUCUCAAUCUGGUGAAAAAGUGAAGUUCUCUGAUUCUGCAGGAUAUGUUGGUUUUGCUAACCUCCCCAACCAGGUCCACAGGAAGUCUGUAAAGAAGGGCUUUGAGUUCACCCUAAUGGUGGUUGGUGAAUCUGGCUUGGGAAAAUCCACGUUAAUCAACAGUUUGUUCCUGACUGACCUCUAUCCUGAACGUUACAUUCCUGGAGCUGCAGAAAAGAUCGAGCGAACGGUCCAAAUUGAAGCUUCCACUGUCGAGAUAGAAGAGAGAGGGGUAAAACUCCGCCUGACGGUAGUAGAUACACCGGGAUAUGGAGAUGCUAUUAAUAGCCAAGACUGUUUCAAGACGAUAAUCCACUACAUUGACAAUCAGUUUGAAAGAUAUCUUCAUGACGAGAGCGGUCUCAACAGGCGCCAUAUUGUAGACAACAGAGUCCACUGCUGCUUUUACUUCAUAUCCCCCUUUGGACAUGGGUUGAAGCCUUUGGAUGUGGAAUUCAUGAAAGCCCUCCAUGGAAAAGUCAACAUUGUUCCUGUGAUUGCUAAGGCAGACACUUUGACGCUGAAGGAGAGGGAGAGACUGAAGAGAAGGGUCUUAGAUGAGAUCUCUGAGCACGGCAUCAGGAUUUACCACUUACCUGAUGCCGACUCUGACGAGGAUGAAGAAUUUAAGGAACAGACCCGGGUACUGAAGGCUAGCAUUCCGUUUGCUGUCAUUGGUUCCAACCAACUUAUUGAAGUGAAGGGAAAAAAGAUCAGAGGUCGCCUGUAUCCCUGGGGAGUGGUGGAAGUGGAGAAUCCAGAGCACAAUGACUUCCUGAAAUUACGUACCAUGCUAGUAACCCAUAUGCAAGAUCUACAAGAAGUAACCCAAGACUUGCACUACGAAAACUUCCGGUCCGAGAGGCUAAAGCGCACUGGCAAGCCUGUUGAAGAAGAAGUGGUGGAUAAAGACAGGAUCCUUCAGCAGAAAGAGGCCGAGUUGCGCCGCAUGCAGGAAAUGAUUGCCCACAUGCAAGCCCAGAUGAGGAUGAAACCCGGAGAUGAAUGAGGAGCAGACCAGGCUUCCAGUGCUUCUUCCACAGCAGUUCUACGAUCCUCUGGAAAAUCCAUGCUUUAGUUCAAACCGAAUGAUGAUAGUAGAAAAUACCAAUGGAAUAAUGCUUGGAUGCAGUGCGGGAUAUUGCAAGAUGCAGCCAAAAGUCUUGGAAGAUCCAAUUGGACAGCAGCCUCUCCCUCUCACAUAUACAUAUAUAUCUCCGUCCUUAAUCAUGUUGGUUCUCAUAUCUUUGUUUCACCCACUUUGUAAUGAUGUCCGCUUGCAUAUAAUGUCAGAUUUAUUUCCCUUUUAACUUUUUCUGUCUCUCUUUUUGCUUUCAUUCAAAAAGCUAUUAGGCUCAAUACUAUGUGUACAUAAGCUUUGAAGAGUAGGUUGAUGAACCAUGGCUUUCCUAUUAGGAUAAUUCUGAGUGCUCUUGUAACUUCGUUUCUUAAAGACCGGCAAGCUGUUUCCUGUAAAUGUAUAUACGAGCUUUGUGCCCUGACCAAGUUACAUUUUUGCUUAGUUAAUAGAAUGAUUUUGUAGCUUGUUGCGACUUCGUAGGAUUCUUUUCUCACAGUCGUAUGUUCCCCAAAAGUCCUUCUCUCUGGGCCGUGUUUUCUUUAGAUUGUGUAUGGUAGAAUUCUCUCAGGUGCUUUCUUUAAAAAGGGGGUCGUGGAGGAGAAGGAACAGAACACUACAGGUACAAGAAUCAUAGCGGCAAAGGAUUGAACAACCCUUACCCACAAUGCCUUAAAUCAAUGAAAAUGCCUGGUAUGCCAAAAUUGUUCAUAGGGAUUUCCUAGAAAACCCGUCUUGGGUUUGCAGGUACUAAACAACAACAGUUUCUGUUUAAGCCAUUCUGGUUCCUUCAGUUGACUCAAAACAUUUUAUAUGUACCACAACACUAACUUCCCGUAGCAUUUUGUAAUAAAUGGAAUAAACAAGAGAAAGUUGCCUAA